CCGGUUUGAUUUCAGUACGAGCCAUUGGACUUGAACACAGGCAGCUUCUGACAAUCUACCAAAAGGUGACCUGCUCAGGGUGUGCCCUGCCUCUCACCCAGUGCUGGAGUCAGGCAGCAAGCCUCCAUAACCAGCAAAAUAAGUAAUAAUGGACACGAUAGGAAGUAUCUUUAGCUUAUGCAAAACCAUCUACCAAAGGGCCGAUAAUGCGAAUGCCAACAAAGAUCGCUGUCAACGAAUCGUCAAUAGAGUUCGAACCUUGGAGGGGCUUGUUAAAGCCAUUAAAGAAAAGGAACCUGGUCAAAUCUCUUCUACAGUUCAACAAGCUCUGAAUGAACUCUACGAAACACUAAUGUCUGCAGAACGACUAAUGGCAAAAGUCAAUAACUCCAGUGCUAUUAAAAGCUUUGUUAACUCUAACUCUAAUGAGGAUAAGUUCAGUAAGAUGAAUUGUAAACUUGAUGACAAUUUCCAGAUCCUGUCAGGAGCACUGCAGAUUGAACAGAGGGAUAUGUUGAUUGAGCUCUGCUCAAGCAAGACGGGUGUUAAUGAAGGUAAUGGCCCUGCACAGACAUCUCCAUUGCUAUUCCCAAUGCCUGAGCCCUGGCAUGCAACACAAGUGUUUUCCCUUGUUGCUCAGAUGCCUCCUACAGUACCAAUGUCUCCUCAAGCACCACCUUUCAGCCCCACAGGACCUUUUUCUCCCCAAGCACCACAAUUCAGAACUGCAGUGCCUUAUCCUCCCCAGACGCCACAGUUCAGUCCUCCAGCACCGUUGCCUCCUCAAACACAGCAGUUCAGUCCUCCAGCACCGUUGCCUCCUCAAACACAGCAGUUCAGUCCUCCAGCACCGUUGCCUCCUCAAACACAGCAGUUCAGUCCUCCAGCACCGUUGCCUCCCCAAACACAGCAGUUCAGUCCUCCAGCACCGUUGCCUCCUCAAACACAGCAGUUCAGUCCUCCAGCACCGUUGCCUCCUCAAACACAGCAGUUCAGUCCUCCAGCACCGUUGCCUCCUCAAACACAGCAGUUCAGACCUCCAGCACCGUUGCCUCCUCAAACACAACAGUUUAGUCCUCCAGCACCGUUGCCUCCCCAAACACAGCAGUACAGACCUCCAGCACCUUAUCCUCCCCAAACACAGCAGUUCAGACCUCCAGCACCUUAUCCUCCCCAAACACAGCAGUUCAGACCUCCAGCGCCUUAUCCUCCCCAAACACAGCAGUUCAGACCUCCAGCACCGUUGCCUCCUCAAACACAACAGUUCAGACCUCCAGCACCGUUGCCUCCCCAAACACAACAGUUCAGACCUCCAGCACCUUAUCCUCCCCAGACUCCACAGUUCAGGCCUCCCCAGACACCCAUGUCAGGGCCCAUCUCGGCCCCUCACCGUUUCCCUGCUUCAGUUCCAGCCCAGCCCCUUAACCCUGGCAAUGUUACACCAACGUCUGGCUCUGCCGUAAUGACAGUUGUGACACAUUAUCCAGUCAACCCUGGUUUUCAGUAAUUUGCAAUCCGAAAUACUAAAUGGACACAACUUUUGUCAUCAAAAACAUACUUGCAGUGUUGCCUUGAUUCUUUCCUGCAUGUUUGAGCAAUCUUUUAGUCUCUUGUGACAACCAUUUAGUGGUGCAAAACGCCUGUAACAUGAUGCUGAAGUUGGACCUAGCGCCGCCUUCGAGACGCAGCUCCUCCUAGUUUCAGUUUCCACAGAGCAGCACCCUCCCCCCCAUUCUAUGUAACCCUGUAUAUAAUCUGACAAACUCAACCUAGUAGAAAUAACUUUUUAACUCUAUUAAUGGAUCCAUUAUAUGUCUAUAUUCUGCUGUCUUUCCCAGAUAAUUUAUUGAUUUUAUAUUAUCAUUGUUAUUAUUCAAUUGUUAUUUUAAUUUCUUAAUCCACUGAUGAUGAUGUCAGUGUUAUUUCAUUCAGUUCACUAUCAUUGCUUACACAUGCAUAUUCCAUCACUAACCCACAGCACUUCUUUUCUUUUCACAAAUGUACUGUUACUAUGUAUCUUGUACUGUGAUGACUAAUGGAAAAAUUAACAAAUUAAAAAAUGCAACCCAUUUAUUGACCUGCACCAAUGGCUUCCAUAUAAUUUUCUGCUGUUUUAUAACGUUAUAAUUGUUUUAUAUCAUGUCAGUAAAAAAGAACUGUACUUUACUAUGUGCUGAAUAAUCAUCCUCUCUAAAACUAGCAGUUCUUUUGUCACUGCUGGAGUCAUUACACAAAUGUUGAACUUUGGUUCUCAAAAUUUGUUUGUUUUAUGCGUUAAUCAUUCUUUUCUUUUUGCUCAAAGUCCGUUUUCCUGAAUUUAUUGUAAAUAAAUAAAACA